AUGUCAGGACGCGGAAAGCAGGGAGGCAAAGCUCGGGCCAAAGCCAAGUCACGCUCAUCCCGUGCUGGCCUUCAGUUCCCCGUGGGGCGAGUGCACCGCCUGCUGCGCAAAGGCAACUACGCCGAGCGAGUGGGGGCCGGCGCGCCAGUGUACCUGGCGGCCGUGCUGGAGUACCUGACCGCGGAAAUCCUGGAGUUGGCCGGCAACGCGGCCCGAGACAAUAAGAAGACACGCAUCAUCCCUCGCCAUUUGCAACUAGCCGUGAGAAAUGAUGAAGAGCUCAACAAGUUACUCGGGGGUGUCACAAUUGCCCAGGGCGGCGUCUUGCCCAAUAUCCAGGCAGUCUUGUUGCCCAAGAAAACGGAGAGUCACAAGCCUGGCAAGAAUAAGUAA